ACUCACAUAAGAACAGAGCAAUGCACACACACAGACUCCACCCCCAGCCCAUCUGACUCCAGGAAGUGCCCUCCUCUGGGAGGAGGCUCCAAGAAGUGCCCUCUUAUUCUGGGAGGAGGAAUAAAAGCAGAGCAGACACCAGAGGAGCCCAGCAUGGCAGCAGUCUGAGAGACAAACCUCCUCUCCAGAGGAAGAGCAUAGCCCAUAAUAGAGACCAUGGAGCUCUCCUCAGCCCCUCUCCACAAAGCACAGGUCUCCUGGAGAGGACUCCUGCUCACAGUCUCUCUUUUAACCUACUGGACCUCUCCCACCGCUGCCCAAGACAUCACUCUUGAAGCAGUUCCACUCAAUGUUGCUGUAGGGAAUGAUGUUCUUUUACUUGCCCACAAUGUGCUGGAUAAUGUCUCUCAGUUUUCCUGGUACAAAUUAGUCAGUGGUGUGAGGUACAUCAUAGCCUCCUAUUCUGAAGAGAAGAAUUCAGUAAAAUAUGAGAGGGGAUACAAACAUAUUUUGAAAAUGCACCUUAAUAAAUCCCUGCUCAUCAAGAAUGUUAGUAAGGAUGACCCAGGAGACUACGGAGCGGUAGUGGUAUUUAAGAACAAUACUAAUUUGCUUCUACAAGUGAAGUUUCAUGUAUACCAUCCAGUGACUACACCCUCCAUCCAAGUCAACCAAACCAUAGACAAAAAUCUGACCUCUGUGUUCCUGAAGUGCCUGUCAAUCGACAUUAAUAUCUCCAUUCAUUGGUUCUUCAAAGGCCAGAGUCUGAGGAUCACAAAUAGGAUGAAUCUGACUGAGAACAACAGCACCCUCCAAAUAGUCCCUGCCAGGAGGGAGGAUUCUGGGGACUAUCAGUGUGAAGUAUCCAAUCCACUCGGUUCCAAGAAAAGUGACCCCAUCCAGCUGGACAUAAUAGAUCCAGUAACUACACCCUCCAUCCAAGUCAACCAAACCAUAGACAAAAACCUGACCUCUGUGUUCCUGAAGUGCCUGUCAAUCGACAUUAAUAUCUCCAUUCAUUGGUUCUUCAAAGGCCAGAGUCUGAGGAUCACAAAUAGGAUGAAUCUGACUGAGAACAACAGCACCCUCCAAAUAGUCCCUGCCAGGAGGGUGGAUUCUGGGGACUAUCAGUGUGAAGUAUCCAAUCCACUCGGUUCCAAGAAAAGUGACCCCAUCCAGCUGGACGUAAUAGAUCCAUUGAAUACGCCCUUCAUCCAAGUCACCAAUAAAACAGUAAAAAACCUGAUCUCUGUGUUCCUGACCUGCUUGUCAAACGGCAAUGGGAUCUCCUACCAGUGGUUCUUCAAAGGCAAUAUUCUUGUGAUCACCAAUAGGAUAAGGCUGUCCGAGAACAACCACACCCUCCAAAUAGACUCUGUGAGGAUUGAGGAUUCUGGAGACUAUCAGUGUGAAGUAUCCAAUGAAGUCAGUUCCAAGAGGAGUGACCCCAUCCAGCUGGACAUAAUACAUCCAGUGACUCCACCCUCCAUCCAAGUCACCAACUCCACAGUCAAAAACCUGAUCUCUGUGUUCCUGACCUGCUUGUCAAAUGACACUGGGAUCUCCAUCCAUUGGCUCUUUCAAGGUCAGAAUCUAGUGAUCAGCAAUAGAAUAAGCCUGUCUGAGAACAACCGCACCCUCCAAAUAGACUCUGUGAGGAGUGAGGAUUCCGGGGAUUAUCAGUGUCAAGUAUCCAAUCAAGUCAGUUCCAAGAGGAGUGACCCCAUCCAGCUGGACAUAAUACAUCCAGUGACUCCACCCUCCAUCCAAGUCACCAACUCCACAGUCAAAGACCUAAUCUCUGUGUUCCUGAACUGCUUGUCAAAUGACACUGGGAUCUUUAUCCAUUGGCUCUUCAAAGGCAAGAGUCUGGUUGUUACAAAUAGGACAAGGCUGUCCACAAACAACCGCACCCUCCAAAUAGACUCUGUGAAGAUUGAAGAUUCUGGGGACUAUCAGUGUGAAGUAUCCAAUCAAGUCAGUUCCAAGAGGAGUGACCCCAUCCAGCUGGACAUAAUACGUCAACCUGCAAAACCAAAACAUGUACCCUCAUUAAGGGGUAUCAUUGGCAUUGUUGCCCAAUGUCUAAUGGGGCUGAUUGCAGUAAUAUUUGUACUGGUUUUCCUGUGGCGCAGCCAUCGUGGCAGGGAGCCACAGAUUGAGAACGACAUUAAACAGGUGGACAAUGAGCCAACCAAUCCCAAUGAGCCAUCCAACCUCAAUAAAACCUCAAAAGAAGCCUCAAAUGUGAAACAUCAAAAGAAAAAGAAGUCAAAAGGCAAGAAGUAAGAGCAUGCUCAGUGAGGACAACUGGACCUGUCCACCCACAGUCACGUGACAACUCUCCUAAUGAGGUGGAUGGAGCUUCAUAUUAUUUACUGAAAAAAAAUGUCCUGCAACCCAAAUCUAUAACUUCAGUAUUCCCAUCUCCACCAGCAACAGCAACUGUCUUCUGAAGUAAAAACACAGCGAUGGGACCUGUCCCAUUAGCUGCUGCUCAUGUAUACCCAGUCUCCUGCCCCUCACUAUGGGGGAAAGGGGAGGAGAGUCCCCAAAGGACACAACACUGUAGCCCCAGCCUUCAGAGUCAGCAGAGAGAAAGGCAGAUAAUGGAUUGGCUAGCCGGUGGCUAGCAGGAAAGGUAUUUCUGGUGAGGGAUUGCACCCUUUAGACCACAGAGCAAGAGAGGUUUACAAAGUCCAAUGUAGCUAUGAAGCCAGCUGAGUAGUGACCAGAAAACUGGCUUUGGCAGAGAAAAAUGGGCUGUGGUAGGGGAUGACUUCACUGGGGAAAGCCAUCUGACAGUUAGGUGACUAUGUGUGCAGGUUCCUGGCAUGAGAUCUCUGCCAUUAGAAAAAUGACAAUGUAGUCUUGCUUGUGUACAGUUCUAGGAGUCCAGGCAGCCACUCUGUACCUAUUUCCUAUCAUAGGAAUUUGAUGUACACAUGGCAGGCCAUGAAAUCCAGGAUCCUGCAAACAGAAACUGUCUUGGUUGGAAACAGCUGCAGUUCCAUGGUGGAGAGAUACAAUCUCCCAUGUAUGUCUGUUUGGGAUUCUAUUUCACCUCUCAGCUGUGACUUGUUCUCUAGUCCCACAAAGCUAAGUGGCCAAACCUUCAGCAAGUACAUGAAGCACUCCUCGACAUUUGCCCACUCUGUUCUCAGGUCUUCCUCCCACACACUACUGUCUCCUUAGCUCCCCAAAACUAGCUCCUUCUCCUUCUGGGGAAUGUCCAGUGUCCUAUCACAUACUCCAGAUUCCUCUUUUGCUCAUACUUCCUGCUCUUGUCAACACUUAGCUCUGUGGGUCCCUCUGUUCUAAUUUCAUCUGUCUCCCUGUACACCUCUGCCCCACUGCUGUGACAGGAAAAUAGUGACUGAAAAGGGUGCAUCAGUAAAGAACCUAGUUGACCAGGAAGACUAGAAGCCUGUUCCCACCUGACUUCAUACAGUGGAGCAUACUCAAGGGAUGCCAGGGAUAGAAGCUGGAAAGGUGGUUUGGUGGAUCUAAGCACUUGGCUGCUCUUCCAGAGGACUCAGAUCCCCAUCAACCACACAGCUAAAAACCUUUUGUAACUGUGGUGUCAGGGGAUCUGAUACCAUCUUCUCUCCUCAGGGUGUACCGGACACAUACAUAAUGUACAGACAUACAUGCCAGCAAACCACCACCAUCACCACCAUCAUCACUACCAUCACCACCAACAUUAUCACCACCCACAUACACAGGCAUAGUGGGACAGGCAGGGAGUGUACGCAAACACAGAGCAGUGACCACUAAGUAAAGUCCUACAGAGGGCCUUGUGGAUCCUAGCUUCUAUCUCGGAGCUCAGUGAGAUCAAAGGAAAAUCAAAAUGAGACCACUUUGCAUUCAUAGUUACCUCUGUGCUGACACAUAUGGACCCUUUGUCUUGGAUCAAGACCAUGGCGGUCCUUCCUCUGUGUCUUUACUUUGUUCUUUGGGGCCCACAUACCUGUACUCUUUGGGUACUUUCUUCUGUUAUAUCCGUGUUUGAGAUCCAUUGUUUGAGAAAUAAAGCAGUGGCCGCCCACAUUUCUAUGUUCCCCAUGGACUCAUGCCCUGGUGAGGUCUGGGCUCAUUUAUCAUGAGCUGACCUCACCACACAGAAAGAAACAAAGUGACUUUGUUGCCAUCUUGGAUGGUGACUUUAUCAAGAUAGAGAUGACCAUGUGACUUGACCAUUAUCUUGGUUAGUGAUUAUUGAAAUAGUUUCCAGUGUUGAGAGCCCUCAGAGGAUCACUGUACUCCUAGGACUUCCUGUGCCACAGGCAGUCAGGUACACAUCCCAGUCCUCCUCUUCCAACUUUUCCAUUUUAAUUUCAUCUUCUGUAUUCCUAAUGGGAUCAUGGAAUUGGGAGACUCAGAAGAGACUCCAAUAUGGGCUCUUUUACCACAUGAUAAAAAUCGACAUGUUGGUUUUUUUGUGGGGGGGGCGGUUCAAGACAGAGAUUUUUCUGGGUAACAAUUUUGGCUGUCUUAGAACUUGCUCUGUAGACAAGGCUAGCCGUAAAUGCAUUCAUAUCUGCCUGGCUCUGCCUCCCAAGUGCUGGAAUUAAAUGUGUGUGCCACCACCAUCCACUUUCUGUGUAUCUUAAAGAGGGUAUACCCAAACUCCAUGGUACAGUUUUUGGGUUGGCACAUUGUUUUGCAGGAUAUAUUUAGAACUUUCUAUAGGAGUUUUCCCAGCCAUGUGCCUCCAACAAUACCAAUAGUAGCUAACACUUUCCAACUGACAGUCUUUUAAUGGAGAGAAUAAUAAGAGAACACUCUGUCUAAUAUAAAAAAACAUAAGAUGGUUAAUAAAUGUCACCAGUAUAAAAAAUGGAAACUUGUAAACAUGUACAAAAUAAUAUAUAAGACUUAUCACUCAUAAAUUGUGAAGAGGAUGGAGAUCCAGAGGUUCUUUUUUUUAAUACCAGGAACUUCUGAUUUAAGCAUAGGAUUGGCGGAAGAGAAAAUGAUUUUUCUACUGUGGGGCUAGAAGUUCCUCUUUUCUAGUUAAAACAAGGGGAAUAAAUGUCUUCUAUGAUCUAAAACUGUAAUAACAGCUAACAUGUCAGUAUAUGUGUGCCUUCUUUUCUGGGUUGUAUACAGAGAGUAUUCCCUCACAUCACGGUCAUUUUUGAUAAUGUGCUAAGACGC